CCAUUGAACCCAAGAGCUUCCUUCAUACCACACUCUCUCUCUUUUUUUGUGUGAUUCCAAUUCCAUGCCCAACGCCCCAAUCCAGAAACAAUGGUAGCCGAAAGAAACGUUGGGAAUCAUGGAGAAGGAACCCUAAUAUUCACCUAUGGAACCUUAAAAAGAGGCUUCUCCAACCACCCCCUUCUGCAAGACCUCAUCCGCUCCGGCGACGCCUCCUUCGUCGGAAACUACCGCACCGCCCAUAAUUACCCUCUUGUUUGUGGGCCCUACCGUGUUCCCUUCCUCCUCAACCUUCCCGGGUCGGGUAACCGGGUUCACGGCGAGCUCUACUCUGUCUCCUCCCGCGGUCUCGCACGCAUGGAUGAGCUUGAGGGCACCACACGCGCCCAUUACGAGCGUCUCCCGAUCAAGCUUGUCCCCGCCGGCGACGGCGAGGGGGAAGAGGGGGGCGAUGGAGAGGAGGCGGCGGCGGGGCUAACGUGCGCGGAGGCGUAUUAUGCGCAUAGGAAUUACGCGAUGGAGCUGUGGAAGAAGAACGGAAAGCGAGGGUUUAGAUGUUAUUCGGAGAAAGAAGCGUUAGGUUAUGUGAAGCGCAAAGAUAGGCCUCAACAUUUGACCUUCCUCGAUCACAUUCGCUUGUUCCUUUCCAAUUGAGACUCAUUCAUUUCGAUCAAAUCUAUCUCUCUUUCUCUUCCCACACACACCCACACAAAAUUUAAAAUAAAAAAUAAAAAUAGGAAGGGUUUUCUUUUAGUUUUGUGGUAUGUGUGGUUACUAUUUUGCAUAUUUAUAUUAGAUUCUGUGUUCUAUUAUGAUGCAAAUUGCC